CAGUUAUCUUAACGCGGGAGUUGAAAGUAACACCAGAACUUUAGUCAAUAAGCAUUGCAGAAAGUCUGGCAGUGAUUAGAAUAUCAGGAAUUAUACAAGCGCGGACUGUCUGUUUGACAGGUGAAGCGCCUUUGAUCUUAUACCGCCGUUAAUUACAGAAGCACGAUGAUGAGACUCCUGUUAUUGGUAUGUGUUGUGGUUGUUUUACUCUCCCCCACUGAAGCUAAAAGCAAACGAAAGCCCAGUAAAAAGGAAGCUCGUCAAUGUGGUAAUGAACGAUGUAAAUCAGGUAGACGUUGUGUAACUAGGUAUGAUGGCGAGAAGACUUGUAUCUGUAGAAAGAGGUGUAAAUCUAAACAAUACCUUGUCUGUGGUUCAGAUGGUAACACAUACACCAAUUAUUGUCAUCUUCACAGAUCAGCAUGUCUAGAUAAUAAACACAUGUCUGUUUUACACACCGGACCCUGUCUCAUUGAAUUUAAUGAAGUAGAGAAAGAGAUAGAGAAGAAAUCAGCUGGUAGUAGACGACCAUUGGUCUGUUAUCAGAUACAAAGAGAUGAAUUACGACAACUUCUUGUAGAUUGGCUGAAAACAAAGGUUGCCUCAGGUAAACCAUACAGUGAUGUUGUUGUAGAAACGUUUACAAAAUGUGAUGAGGACAAGGACGGUAAUCUGGAUGGUGACGAAAUGUUAAAAUGUACUGAAAAAGAUGAAAAAGAAACGGACACAAGUCUUCAUAUACUCAGAGGGCUGUGUAUGGAUGCUUUAAUUAAUAUGGGUGAUGACAACAAUGAUUGGUUAUUAAAUAGAGACGAAUUUGCAACUGUUUUUGGUCUUCAUUUUACCCCACCAGCAGGAGAAUGUUCACUAGAAGAUAAAACAUACAGUGAUGGUGCCCAAACUAAGUUAGAUUGUAAUGUUUGUGUGUGCGCGUGUGGCAACUGGGUGUGUACGGGCGCACCAUGUUUUAAAGGGAAAGAAAUGGGUGUUCCAGGACCAGUUGUAGACGGCCGUCUACCAGGUCGUAAAGAAACAGAAGAAUUAUUACAAGGCUUCCGGGCUGUCCAUCAUGUCAAAUUAUCGGAUGUAGAGAACGAGGUUAAAGAUGCCGCCAUUAAAGAUGAAAUAGUGCAACAGUUAAACAAAAUGAAAGUAGACAAAGAUGCCCAUAUGUAGAGAUCUUUAAGUUUGAUCGUUAAUCAUCCACGUGGUUUUAUAUCAUUAAAUUAAACACGUAACUAUUUUACUUCUAAUUCAAUUCGAUAAAUUCAUCCGAUUUUAUAAUUUAAUUUAAUCCUGUACAAUUUUAUAGACUAAAUUACCCAGUAAUAUAAGUCACGAUUAUGGAUUAUGAUUCUACUCAAGGCACCCCCUACCCUCCGUAUUUGCAUAAUAAUAAAGGUACACCGAACGUAAUUUAACAACAUGUACGUAUUAUAGCCGAGUAUAUUUGCCUUUCUUCUAUUAUUUGAACCAUCUUUAGGUUAUUAAAAUUUAAAUGUACUAUUUGAUCUGAAUAAAUUGUUGAAAAUUGAUAACCCGGUAUCAAAAUACGGGUACUUGAGAUCAUGCGCGCCAUUUUAAUACAAGGGAAGUAACUGCUGUAAUUUCGUCUGUAAAAAAAACCCCCUUGAUUCUGUCUUAGCCUAUAUCAAAUUAGAGACACUACUAUAUUAAAUAAUAGCCUCUACACACAGGUCAUAAUCAAUAUAGUAGAUGAUUAAAAGACAAUUAAACAUACAUUAUGCAAGAGCUAAAUCUGCUUAUUACAGGUCUUUCUUUAAACAUGCAUUAUGCAAGAGCUAAAUCUGAUUAUUGCAAGACUUAAUUUAGGCUUCAGAUGUUAUAGAAAUUAUAAAUUAGAUCUUUAUUUAAACAACAAGACCAAAAUCAACUCUGUAGCCCCACGGAUGGCUCGGCUACAGCUAGGAUUUAAAUAGGAUUUCACUAAUUGAUUAAAUCAAAUAAGGGGUAACCUGAUGAAAAUACGUCAGUUAGAUCGAGGCUAAAUGAUAGAGUGUACUUAGCGAGGCCGCUGUAAAGCGUUUCCGUAUGCCAUUGAAAACUUUAAUUGAUAAUCGAGAUAUGUAGGUGGAGUUAACGCCUGUCAAUCAAACGAUCGGCGAAGGUGAAGACACAUUUCGCUACCAUUUCUAGGCAAAUAUUACAACGAUGAUAACUAUGUUCAGAAUAAAGUAAUUUGACUGAAUUUUUCAAUAUAUUCUUCUUUCAUCAUCUACUUUUGAACUGUUAUAGCAAGAAUGGCCAACUCUCUAUAAAAAUCUCCCAUAAUGUAUCUUUAAGCUUUAAAUGUUAUAUAGAUUAUUAAUUAGACAUUUAUUAACAUGACAAGAGACCAUAAUCAACUCUAGAUGCCAUCGGAUGCCCGAGAUUUUAACUAGAUUAGAACGGUUCGCCAUGUAAUGAUUUAAUUUAUAUCAGUUGAGUAUUCAUAAAAAGAACUGUCUGUCUCAAGGACAGUAGAAGCGAAAAAAAAGAGUAAAAGUAGCAGCCAGGGCACCACCCGAUAUUGGUUAAAUUUGUAUUGCCCUUUAAGUUCCUUAAAUUAUGUGUUCUGCAUUUUUACUGUCUGUUAUUCUGUUUUUGUUAUUACGUUACGAUUCAACGUUCCGGAAUCCUCAAAUCCAAAAAUAGUGACAAUCGAGUGAAAAUGACAAUUUGGGCUAGAACUCAUGCGCAGAUUACAUGAGAAAAUAUCUCCACCAACGAUGACAGGUGAAACAUAUUCGUUGUAUUUAAUUACGUCACGAUUCUUCUUACACCACCCCAGUUGUCAGGACUGGCAGAACUGUUACAGGACUGAAUUCUGCGUCACACGAUUGCAGUACCGUCAAUUCGGAACGUUCCGGACUGACAAUCGAGUAUUUCCAUUGACUGUCAAUUAAAGGGAGAUAAUUUAACAUGUCAAUUAUUGUCAGACACCGUCGUAAAAAAAAAAACACGGCUAUUAAAUACUUUUAUUAUAGCCCAAGUAUAAUUCAAUCCAU